AUGAAGAAGCUGUACCAGGGGAAGGGCCGGCGGGUGCACCCGGCGCCGGCGCCGGGGCCGGACGCGCCCGCGGUGGCGCUCGCCAUGCUGCCCGCCACCCUGCUGGCGCUCGUGGCCGCGCUCACCGCCGAGGAGCAGGAGGUGCUCGCCUACCUGCUCUCUGGAGAAGCUGGCGGCGCGGCGGCGGGUGCUGGCGGGGGCCGGUGCAGGCGGCUCAACGGGCCGCACCAGCCGGAGAUGGGCUGCGGCUGCUUCGGCUGCUACAAGAGCUUCUGGGCCCGCUGGGACGCCUCCCCCAACCGCCACCUCAUCCACCGCAUCAUCGACGCCGUCGAGGAGGGCAACGGCGGCGGAGGCGAGGGGGCAGCCAAAGGAGCUGGAGGACCAGGCGGCGCCACGCGCCGCGGCCACCGCCGCCGCCGCCGUGGCCGCGGCGGGCCGUGCGCCAUCGACGCCGCCGUCGAGGAGCACGGAGCCGCGGAGGCUCAGGCCGGGUGCGCGGAUGACCACCUGCAACCGCAAGGCUGCUGCGCGUCGGACGGCGGCGAGGACGGCGACUACGAGGGCGACGAGGACGACGGCGCGGACAGCCUCUACGGCGGCGAGGAGGCCCUGACGGACGACAGCGACUGCGCGGGCGCCAGCAACUCCGCCGAGAAGAGCGCCGUGGGCAAGCUGGUGCGCUUCAUCGGCGAGAAGGUGUGGGCCGCCUGGACCUGA